UCCGAUGUGAAAUACACAGUAGUAACUAUCGGUGACCCUGAACUCUUGUAUGAAGCAGGGUUCAACUCUUCUAAAAACACCAAAGUACUGAUUCAUGGCUGGAUGGACAAUGCAACUGUUGAUUUUUCUGAAGAUCUUGAAUACUCAUAUCUGCUUGCUGAGGACUUGAACAUCAUCGCAGUAAACUGGGCCAGAAUGGCUCAGACAUUUUACCCUCUAUCUCGCAGUGCUGUCUCACCGGUCGGCCGCUACACAGCCAAAUUUGUGGACUUUUUGGCCCUGGAAAUGGGAGUCUCCCCUGCCUCGGUCCACCUCCUCGGUCACAGCCUCGGUGCACACAUAGCUGGAGUUGUUGGGGAGUCAGUCACUUUCGGGAACAUCUCCAGGAUCACAGGUCUGGAUCCGGCUGCCCCUCUAUUUGGAUCUGACCCUAAAGGCAGGCUGGAUCCAACUGAUGCCCAGUUUGUGGAUGUGAUACACUCAGCUGGGGGCUAUAUAGGCUACUACAAUCCUUGCGGCCACAUUGACUUUUACCCCAAUGGGGGAGUUCCAAUUCAGCCAGGGUGUGGGGUAGACAUAGGGUUCUGUUCACACAAAAGAUCCUAUAUGUAUUUUGCUGAAUCAAUCACUAGUCUUGGAUUCAUCUCAAGAGUUUGUGACAGCUGGGAUGAUUAUAAAAAUAAUCGGUGCAUGAACAAUACAAAAAAUGUGCUGGGUGAACAUGUUGACCAGAGUGCCAAAGGAAAAUAUUAUCUACAUACAAACCCAUCAAGACCUUUCGGUGCAUGGAAUGAUUCUAUUGCCUUAGAAUUAAGCUAACCUUUUAUUUAGUAAGCUUUAAUUUAUGAAUAAAAUCUUUUAAUUUUUAAA